UGUCUGAGCUCUUCCGGCCGGCGGUUCUUGACCCUCCGGGAGGAUCCUGCCGUUGUCUGCGUUAUUAAACCCCAGAUUCGCGUGUUCCGCGGCGGUGGUGUGGUUAAAGCGGGGGGUUUGCGGCUCAUGAACCACAGUUGUGUGAGGUCUGUCUGCGUUUGUGCGUGUUCUCGCGUUGGUUCGUUCCCGCCGUCGAAGGUGAACAAAAAUGUCAAGGCCGCGGUCUAGAUCGCCGCACUACAGGAGGUUUCCGUGGGAGGAACAUGAAUUUGGUCCUGAUAAAACUCUGGAGGAACUGCAGGGGAACGGAUGUGAUAGAAGCCGUCGUCUCCGAGAAGAACCCGAGGAACCCAGAGACGUUUUCAGGGAGGAUUUUUACCCCGAGCGCCGGAGGAGAUCCCCUCCCUUCCUAGACGACCAUCAGUUUAACCGCCAUCACUCGGACUUCCACCACGGGAGACCGGCACCCCGCCAUGAUGCCAUGCGUAGCGACGAUCAGAGGCUUUCCCCCCCGAAGGAAGGAGCGUUUGACGUGGACAGACACCGAGGGAGGUUUAGGGAGCCGUUCCAGAAGUUCGAGGGCCGGGGCCAGAGACAGCCGGGGAUGGGCUGGAGGAGAGAGGAGCAGGACCGAGGCCAGGCCAAGUUCAGAGACCCCAGUCCCAGCAUGCACUAUGAUGACCAGAGAGGUGGGGGGAGAGGACGCAGGGCUACGCCAGGGCCCCAUAGAGGUAGACAAAGGGAGAACCCGCAUCACAAGAGGGGCUCCUCUUUUCAUAGGCCAAGAAGAGAAAUGGAUGACGCGGAUCAUCUUGGGUACAGGGAUAAGAAGGACUUGGUGGACACACCCAGAGGUGGGUUUGGAGGGGGCGCGCGGGGGACAUUUCCCCGCGGAGAUUUUCGGCACUCUGGAUCACAUUUCAUUGAGCACAAAUACAGUGACGCGGACGACAGAGAAAUGCCGCCAUGGCAACGGCCCGAGGACCGCAGGCCGUACGAGCCUCACCUGGACCGCCAGAGAAGUCCUCGUUCGGGGGGUUCCUCUCAGGAGCGCUUCAGGACCUCAGACAGGCCCGGGGGACAGGAAGAGACACAAGCGUUUCAUGACGCUCUGCGGGAGUCAAACCUCCACGAAGCGAGGAGGAGCCCCGGGCUGCAGGACAGGCCGCACACCGUGAGAUACGGGGACAGAGACGGCCACAUGAGCCACCGGGGACGGGGCGGCGCCACGAGGAGCUACAGCCCGGGUGGAAGGACUCGGCCCCCGAGGGCCCGGCCGCACCCACAAGAGUCCUCACAGGGAUACCAAGACCUUCCUCGAGGAGAUCAGAGGCCCUUCAUGAAGGAGCGCCACGGCCCCCUGGACGAGGACGACGGCUGGAACGAAGACCCGCCCCAACAAUGGGAGCGGCCCAGGUCCGGAGGUUCGGACCAGUACCACAGAAGAGAAGAGGUGACGGCUAACCUGCCCCGUCAGAGGGAGCGCGACUGGAGCGAUCAGAAAGCCGAUAACAUGACCGUGGUGACGGAGGAAACCCUAACCAUCAAGGUGGACAUGAGUCAGCCGGUAAACCAGAGCAGCUCGGCGUGUUACUCCUCGGACCGGCAGCUGUCCCUGGACCUGGUCAACGUGGGGCGCCAGCGCCUGGACUUCCUGCCCAUGCUGAAGCACUCGGGGACGUACCGGGAGACGGCCAAUCACACGGGGACGUUCGCCCAGGAGAUCAUCACGCUGGUGCACCUCGUCAAAGAUCAAUACUUCCGGGGGGAGGGCGUCUCCCUCAACGAGCGCUUUUCGGCUCCAGCAGCAGAAAGUUUCCCUGACGAGGCCGGCGAGGAGCUGACGCUGAACCAGAGGUUCAGCUCCAGCCGAGGCUUCUCCUUCAACUCGGACCUGGGACUGGAGGACGACGACGAGGCCAUCUUCUCCCGGCUGGGACCCGCUCAGGGCCUGAACAAGCAGCCGCUCCGGGGCCCGGGGGACCUGAGGCACGACCUGGAGAGGAGGCGGCAGGAGAGGCUGGAGGGGGUCAAGGUCACCAUACUGGGGACGGGUCUGUCCCAGCCGUCCUUCAGUGAGCCCGACGUGUCUGAGAUGGACCAUGAAAGAUUCUCCGACUGGUCCGGAGAACACGGUCGGAGACGGGACGGCAAUGCUGGGCCGAGGCGAGGACCUUCAAGCCGGAUGACCCCUGGUCCUCAGAGCAGGAGCCAUCGCUUCAGCAACCAGCGGCCCAACGUUCACAGCCACCCUGCAGGUGCCGGCUGGUGAUUGGACGGCUCAAAACAAAGCUUGUGAAAACUGGAGAUGCAGGAGAGUGUUGGUUCUGGUGUCUCCGUCCUCCAGCAGAGCGACGGCGUGUCUCCGCGGAGACGCUGGUCCUCCGUCCGUGGGUUUGUGGGUAAGACUGAGCCCGGCGUUUAGGAGGAACCGCCGCUGUUGCAGCAGUUCCUCCUCCUGCUCCGUCCCCCUUUACUACGCCACAGCUGUUCUGGAUGUUCCUUCCUCACAUUUUUAUUUUUAUACCUUUUUGUUUCGUGACCACGUAAGGAUUUUAUUUAAAAACAAUCUUACAAUGAAACAGAUGAAAGUUCAUAAGGGGAGAUGUGGCGCUACGGAGGACCUGCCUCCAACAUCUAAACCUGUUUGGAAUUAACGUUGUUAUAAACGGUUCAUGUGUCGCUGCUGUUGUUCAUCUUCACCGACACUAAACACCAACCUGCUCAUUGUUUUUGUCUUUUAGUUGUCUGUAAAAUACCUGUCGUCUCCGUCACAAUAAACUGGUUUUAUAGAA